AUGGUGGAUUUUGGUAAUAAGCUCAUGGAACUUGAAUCUUUAUGCAUAAGAGGUGUUCAAUGGUGUUGGGAUGCAAUAAACAAAAUUCUUCAACUUGCAAGUGAAGUAAAACAUCUGUAUAUGAAAGUUGAAUUCACUGGAGAUUUCGAAGCUCUUCUCCCCUUUCCAGAAAUUGACUUUGUUGACUUUUUCAAAAGUCAUCCAAAGCUCAAAACAUUCGACAUCCAUGGUGCAAUGUUUGCUGCUCUAUGCCAAAAGAACAGUCUAAAGAAUAGCUGGGGAAGCAUAAAGAGGGAGGGGAACUUCAGUGGUGAAGAUAUUGUUAGGGUUACCACCAUGAACAAGCAUGGGAAGCAUGAUUUGGAUAUUCCAGUCAUUGUCAACCCAAGAAAUGACUCUCCAUUUAUUAAUGUCCCUGAGUUCAUCAUGUUGGAGAAUGUGACAAAAGAUGAAGGUUUCUUGAUCUUUGAUAGACAACGAAAUAAUUUUAACUUCUCUAUUGGGGAUCCAGAUCAUAUUCACUUUCCAGGAAAUAAGAGUCACUUCCGUGUGAUGUUUUCUGUGGAAGUUAGUUCUGGAUAUUUCUAUGCAAACCUGCCAGUUGAGCUUACACUUUGUGUUAUUCUAGUAGUGAUCACAAUUCUUAGUUUAUACUCUCAGCACCAAAUCUAUCGUCUUUCACUUACUAUGGAUAUGGUGCCAGGUGGCAGCUUGAAACCGAUUGAUGAUAAUGCAGAUGCAACUAGUGAUAUAACAGAGCAUUAUUGGUUCCCAAUGUAG